AUGUUUCUUCAGCUCUUUUUGCUCUGCGCAUCAGUUUCGGCUUUAAAAGAAGAAGACCCAGAUGUCCAUAGGAAUUUCAUGCAAGUUUGCGUAGCCCAUGGUUACCAAGCUCAGUCCUAUCAAGUUACAACUGCUGAUGGUUAUAUCCUAACCCUUUUCCGUAUACCUGGAAAAACUGAUGAGCCAAUAACAUCUGGAAAGCCUGUUGCAUUUCUUCAGCAUGGCCUUUUGGAUCUUUCAGAUACUUGGAUCAUGAAUGAGCCAGCUCCAGGCUUUAUUCUAGCUGAUGCUGGGUUUGAUGUUUGGUUUGGAAAUUCUCGAGGAAGCUUCCAUAGCUUAGGGCAUGUCAAAUGGAAUCCUUGGAUCCAUUCUGAUUAUUGGGAUUUCACUUGGCAGCACAUGGCAGAAUAUGAUAUUCCAGCAGUUAUUCCUUUUGUCCUUAACCAAACUGGACAAAAGAAGUUGACAUAUGUUGGUCACUCUCAAGGGACGCUGCAGAUGUUUGCUCAUUUGGCAGAAGAUCCGAGCUUUAUGAAAUAUAUCAACAUUUUUAUUGCUUUAGCUCCAGUUGGCACUGUCAGGUACCUUGACAUUGAUUUCUUCAACCUCUUGAAAAGAAUUCCAUAUUUCGAUACUUUAGAUGUCUUAGGGAUUCACUCCUUCUUGCAAAAUGCUAAUGCUCCAGGGAUUAACUAUGUGUUCUGUGACGUGCUUCCUGAUGUCUGUGAAGGAGUAGCUGAAGCUCUCUCAGAUUCUAAAGUCUCUGAAGAUAAUACUGAGCGUUUCCCUGUAAUACUCUCUCAUGAACCAGGUGGAACAAGCGUUUUCAAUAUGAUGCAUUGGCAGCAAAUGACCAAUUAUCUUUUCAGUAAGAUGGAAAAAUAUGACUAUGGUUCUGUUGGAAAUCUUUAUCAUUAUGGAUCCAUUUUUCCUCCAACUUAUGAUAUCAGUAAAAUCCCUGGCCCUAUUGCGCUGUUUUUUGGGAUUUAUGACAGGCUUGCUGAUCCUAAAGAUGGGGACUGGCUCAGAAAAAAUUUGAACUCAAAGUCUAUAGUGUACUUAAACACUACGAUGCCUUUUGGACAUUUAACUUACUUAUGGGGGAAAGAUUUAUCAUAUCUUAACACUGUUAUCAGUCUUGCGAAGCAAUAUUCUACCUCAUCUGAGGAUUAAAUUAAAUUAAAGUUAAGCCGUUUGCCUUGCAGGGCCAGGGAUUUGCACCCCUACACGCUCAUCGCUCCUGAGGAGCCCCGGCGGACACCCUCCUUGUUGCCUCAAACAAGGGAUUCGCACGACCAGUCUUGACUUCCAUGGCUUCUGGAGUCUAAGGGCCAACCACCUGGGUCGAAAUUCCCAGUUUCUCGUUAGGCAAAUACCGUCUUCAGGGUCUGAGGGUCAUAUCGCCCUCAGACAUUGGCCGACCUUGCCCUUUCCAAUGGUUGUCCUGGAGGAAAAACUCCAAGUCCGAGGAUUAGCUCCUUGGGCUCGAAGAAAACCCAGCCCGACUAUACAUAAAGGAUUACCGGCCCCUUUCCACCUAAAUCUCCAACACUGGGCCGUUGCCUGCUGAUGUAAAGAAAUAGGGUCGAGAGGUCGGGUGGUCUGUCGUCACCAUUUUUAUGUAUAUCUCAUCUGAGGAUAAUUAA